AUGACUUCCACCCAACCAGACGAAGAUCAAACUUGCCGCUUCCGAAAAAUAGUGGACGAGUUGGAAAGCAUCAGCAAGGGAACUCAAAAUCAUGCGAAGCGAAAUGGAAUCGUGUUCCAUUGUGAGACAAUCAAUGAGGAUGAAGAUAUGUCAUAUUCUCCAUCUCAUUCUCCCUUCGACAAAGAACGUUCUCAAAUCGAAUCUCGCAUGAUUUCACCUCUGGAGAAGCUGGAGAAAGUUAACACUUUCUGCGAUCACAUCUCUCCGUUCCUAGUCGAAGCCCUCAAUUAUUCCAAAAUUACCAAAGAAGCCGAGUCGACAAUUUUAGAUACUAUCUGCCAAAACGCAGUGGAGUCUACAGAAGCUCUGGUAGAGGUGAUGGAGGCAUUCAAGAAAGAGAGUAAGGAGAUGGAGGAAGUUGAUAAGAAGGAGAAGCUCUGCAACGAACUCAAAAAUUUGCAAAUCGAACAAUGGAUCGAGGAAUUGCAAGAUUAA